UUUGCUUGUAUUCAAGUAUUCUUUAACUCGAUUUCUUCGAACAUUUUACAUAAAUAAAGCAAAGCGAAGAGAAUAAAAAGUUUAGUUUGGUGUUGAGAGUCAAAGUGACCGCUUGCUCAAUUUAGCGUGAAGAAAAAAUAUAAAAAAUUUAACUUUAGAAGAAAAAACUAACUGAAGCUACAUUGUCGAUUCAUCCAAGUAUUACAUUACCGAUCAAGGUUAAGAACAAUGGCAAGUAAGAUAAAUUUAAUCUUCGAAAAUGGCGAUAAAAUGCCAGCACUUGGAUUUGGAACAUGGAGAGCGCCUGAUGUAGAAGUUGAGUCAGCUUUAAAUGCCGCUCUCCAAGCCGGUUAUCGUCAUAUUGAUUGUGCUCCAGUGUACGGUAACGAGAAAGUCAUCGGCAAAGUCUUUAAAGAGUGGAUUGAUUCUGGAAAAAUAAAACGAAGCGAAUUAUUCAUCACAACAAAAUUGCCACCAUUUGGAAAUCGUGCAUCGGAUGUUGAAAAAUGUUUGAAGAAAUCAUUAGCUGAUUUAAAGCUCGAUUAUCUUGAUUUAUAUUUGAUGCAUGUACCAUUUGCUGUUCCUUAUACUGAAGGAAAUUUUGCGAAACAUGACAACGGUGACGUUGUAUUAUCUGAUACUGAUCAUUCUGCGACAUGGAAGGAAUUUGAACGUUUCCAAUCAGCUGGUCUUAUAAAGCAUUUGGGAGUUUCCAACUUUAACAAAACGCAAAUUCAAAGAUUAAUCGACAAUAGUGUAGUUAAGCCUGAAGUUCUGCAGGUUGAGAUGCAUGUUUAUCUGCAACAGAAAGAGCUUGUCGCAUACUGUAAAUCGAAGAAUAUUUUAGUGACAGCAUAUUCACCACUUGGAUCGAAAGGAAUUGAGAAGAUAAUGCCGGCCACCCGCAAAUUUCCCGAUCUUAUGGACAAUCCAGUUGUGAUUAAAAUUGCUACGAGAGACGGAAAAUCUCCUGCACAGAUCUUGUUACGAUAUUUAAUUGAAUUGGGAGUUUCAGCAAUUCCAAAAAGCACCAACGCGAAUCGUUUAAGACAAAAUAUUGAUUUAUUCAAUUUCGCUUUAUCGCAAGACGACAAAUCGCAACUUGCCGGCCUUGAUGCAAACAUUCGUGUUUGUGAUUUUGCAUUUUUCCAAGGAAUCGAGAAACAUCCUGAAUUCCCAUUCGAACAAAUGAAAUGAAAAAAUUAAUUAUAAUUAAAUUUGUUAUGUUCAACAAGUUUUUACCUUGCCACUUACAUGACUCACUUAAUCAUAUGUUUUUCGAAAUAGCAAGGAAAUUUAAUUAAAAGCUAAUUAAGGUACGUUAAUGUGUUGUAUUAAUUUUAUUCAUUAGGAAGAAGAAGCUUCGAAAUUCAAGUCAAAGCUCAAUAACAUAAUUUUCACACACAAUAAAGAAUUAUCUUUCACAUGUAAACA